UCAUUAAUUGCCAUUUUUUAAUGAUUUUUUCCAGAAUUGUUCUGCAGUAAUGUGCUAUUACUCCAAUGUAGUGGGUACACUCACAAGGAUGGAAACUCUUAUUACUCAAACUGUCAAAUCAGUCAUUGUGAUGUUACAUAUGGAUUACAUGAGGCUACGUAGUAAACAUUCUGCAGUGAAAUCUUUAUGUCUUCUUGGAGACUGUAGAUGCAAAAGCCUUGAGAGGACCCUUCUCUUAUUAACAGGUCUUGAUAACACUGAGCAUGAUGACAUCACUCACAGAAUCAACAACUGCAAGGAAAGAUUAUUUGAGUUAAACAAGGCCUGUAACCAGAUAGAAUCAUCUCUAGAUACUGUAGAACGAACAGCCAUCAAAGAUGAUUAUCUAUCAUCUCAAUGGGAAGCCAUUAGACAGCAAAAACAGCUUGUUCUUCCUUUUGAAAAGAUUGGUCGAUUAAAGGUUCUCUGUGAGGAGGGACUGGAAACUUACAAACGUUUCAAGAAAGACAAGCAAACCAAACAACUAUCCUACAAUGAAGAACAGAUCCACAGGAUGGACAAGGAAAAAUUGGCUAAGAAGAUGGUAAAUGCGAAGAAGAUCUUUGAUGACUUGUUUGAAAUCUUGAAAAAUCUUCAUCACAACUUUGGCAUCUGGCACGGUACUGGAAGUGAAACACGUAAAUUCCAGAAUCUGUUAAACAGUGCUCAAUAUAGACUUCCUGAUCUACCAUAUGAAUACCAGAAGGUUUUAAAUGAGCUAAGCAAGAUUGAAGACAAGAUGACUGAAUUGAUGAGAUCUAGGAGUGGUACAGCACCAGCCAGUAAACCAUCAGCUUCUCCUCAAACAGCAGAUGUUAUGACAAGUAUUACAUCAAGCUUUCCACAGCCGACUUCAAGGGUUUCACAACUGAGAUACGGAGGAGCUGACAACCGUUCUGAUAGCUUGAUGUCGUCUGUACAACAACUUAUCAAUAAUCUUCCUCUUGAUAGUCUUGGAAUGGUACCAGUCCCAAGAGCUGUCAAAGAAUCUUUACAGCAGUAUGAGGAUGGUCUUAAUAGUUUCAAACUGCAGCUUGAAAGUGGAAAUCGGCCCUUCACAAGAAACUCUGCGGACACCCGUUUAAUGUGAAACAACGAAAAGGAAAAAAGGAAAGGCUUUUCUAAUUGAUUAGAAUGUAGAAUAGUCACCUGAAUAUUGUUGCUACAAGAGGAUGCUGUCGGAUUAAGCACUUUGCUAAAUGAUCAGAACAUGAACAUUUGUUGAUGAGUAGCUGGUUAAUAUUUAGAAUAUGUUUGUUUUGGUGAGAAGUUGGAAAUCAAAAGGACAGGAAAGGUUGGAUGCAAAUCAUAUUAGCUCUGAUGAAUGGACAACGGUGAUGGAAUCUGUGAAACACUGGAGUGAACACUGGAAGAAAGACAGUGACUACAGUCUCAGUAUAGUAUGUUGUAAAUAGCUUCUGAUAUCAGUAGGAUAUAACUUGAAGAAACUUUCAAAUAAUGUAGAACUGCAGCAUACAGGAAGAUGUCUGGUUCUUAUGAUUUAAUGAUUAUAAGUGACUGCUGUUAGGAAAUGGCUCAAACUAUACAUCAAAAUAGGUUAGAACAUUUGUGAAGAGCAUAUUUCAUUUAAAUUAAAUCAUUGUUUUAAUUUUUGUUCACACAAUUUUUUAAAGGUUGUGUUUCAUCCUAUAGAUUCAAAUUGUUAUGACACCUAUGGAAACUUGUGCUAUCACCAACAUGUUCGAUAAAAUGAUAUUUCAUUACGAAGUUGUUAGUCAUAGGUCAAAUAGUAAAUUUGG